AACUUACCAGACUGGCACCUGAUCUUGGGUGAUGGACCCAGAAGCAACACCGCUCUAUCUGGAUUAUUACUAUGCUACAAACUCAAACCCAGAUAUCAAGGACACAAACUCCCAUGUUCCCUACACGUCUGUCUUCCUUCCCAUCUUUUACACAGCAGUGUUUCUGACUGGAGUGUUGGGGAACCUCGUGCUCAUGUGUGCGCUCCAUUUCAAACGUGGCAGCCGAAGACUGAUCGACAUCUUCAUCGUCAACCUGGCUGCUUCGGACUUCAUUUUUCUCGUCACGCUGCCUCUCUGGGUGGACAAGGAAGCAUCCCUAGGGCUGUGGAGGACUGGAUCUUUCCUGUGCAAAGGCAGCUCCUACAUGAUUUCGGUCAACAUGCACUGCAGCGUCUUCUUGCUCACUUGCAUGAGUGUUGAUCGCUACCUGGCCAUCCUCUGUCCCACCACUUCCAGGAGAUACAGGAGGAGGGACUGUGCGUAUGGAAUCUGUGCCAGUGUCUGGAUAUUCUCCUGCCUCCUGGGAUUGCCCACCCUUCUGUCUCGGGAGCUCACGCUGAUUGAUGAUAAGCCAUACUGUGCAGAGAAGAGAGCAACAUCAGUCAAGCUGAUGUGGGCCCUGGUGGCCUUGAUUUUCACUUUUUUUGUUCCCUUGUUGAGCAUCGUGACCUGCUACUGUUGCAUUACAAGGAAGCUGUGUUCCCAUUACCAGCAGUCAGGAAAGCAUAACAAAAAGCUGAGGAAAUCCAUCAAGAUCAUCCUGAUUGUGGUGGCAGCUUUUGUGUUUUCCUGGCUGCCCUUUAACACGUUCAAACUCCUGGCUAUUGUCUCUGGCCUGCAGCAAGAACUGCACUUCCCUGCAGCCUUCCUUCAGCUGGGCAUGGAGGUGAGUGGGCCCCUGGCCUUUGCCAACAGCUGUGUCAAUCCUUUCAUUUACUAUGUCUUUGACAGCUACAUCCGCCGGGCCAUCGUGCGUUGCUUGUGCCCUUGCCUGAAGAGCCCUGACUUUGGGAACAGCACUGAGACAUCGGACAGUCACCUCACUAAGGCUCUUUCUAACUUCAUUCACACAGACGAUUUUUCCAGGAGGAGGAAGAGAUCUGUGUCACUCUAAAACGAGCUGUGAAAUGUCAAGUUUUGUGGAUGGGUUAGGGACUUAAUUUUCAUCAACAACAAUGAAGAAAAAUAUUAUUACAGGGUAUGUAUUGCUUCAUAAAUGCAAGGAACUGUUCAUCUUGAAACAGAGGACUAAAAAAAUCCCUGUGCUGUGGAAAUCAUAACGUUAAAUGUUAUUAUUUUUUUUUUCAACCAAAUGGCCUCAUUUGACCCUGACCAAUCAAAUCCAAGCAAAUCCCGUCUAUCCUUGAACUUCUAGAUUAAGGCUGCUGUGUGGACCAGUUUCUGUCUUCAUGACUGUUAAUUCAAUCUUUUAAGAACUGUGAAUGCUUUAUACACACCACACAUCACACUGGACUCCCAAUUGGACUACAUUCAAAAGAUUCUGCCCAGUUUCAUCUAGAGAAAAACACAGUGGCAGUGCAGGUAACAAAAAUAAAUAAAUAAAUAAAUAAAUAAAUAAAUAAAUAAAUAAAUAAUACAUCUGCA